UUACAUUCAGUUGGUUUUACAAUCGUUCAGCAGUGGCCGUUUGGUUGAUUAUUUACUGUUAUCUUGUCAAAUAUAUCAUCGUACUUAUCUCAUUCGAAAGGGUCUCAUAUUAGCACACAAAGACUACGGUAGCAUCUGAUAUCUCACUCAUAGAAAGCUUCUCCGACGAUCCGGGAAUCGACGUCAUGGCUCAACAGUGCUCGACAAGACAUGUUGCCGGCAGCCGCGCCGGGUACCUGCCGAUCGAGGACUAUGGCAUGAUUGGCAAUAUGCACACAUGCGCUCUCGUGGGAACGAACGGUUCGGUUGAUUUUAUGUGCUGGCCCGACUUCGAUUCGCCCAGUAUCUUCUGUCGGUUACUUGACCAGGAAAAGGGCGGCUUCUUCAGCAUCUGUCCUCCUCCGUCCAAGCUAUGUACAACAAAGCAACAAUACCUCCCAUCCUCCAACAUCUUGCAGACUAGAUACAUUCACGAUGACGGCGUCGUUGACGUCGUGGACUUUUUCCCUCGCCCCAAGACCGCCACUGUCAUAUCGAAGAGUACCCGCCAAGGCGCGUUCCGUGAGACGACCGAGAUCCAGGAGGAGCUCAAGAAAUGGCUCGUCCGUCGAGUCGAGUGUAUCCGCGGCCGUCUCCAGCUUGACAUCGAGAUCUUCCCGGCCUUCCAAUACGCCAGCGAGUCCCACGUCACCACAAUCAUUGAGCCAACUCACACGGCCAACAGCCCAAGCAGGGCCGUCACCUUCCACAGCGAGCACUACAAGAUGCAACUCGACGUCACCGUAGACGACGUCGCCGAGCCGGACGCGGCAGCUUCGGCACCGGCCCCCUCCAUCACCUUUAGAAAGGAGAAGCGCGACGGCAUGCUAGGCGAGGGCGUCGUCGCGCACCUGGAAAUCACAGAGGGCCAGGCCGUCUCAUUUGUCCUCCGCAACGACAAGCCGGACCACGUCACGCAGAACGUCACGACGGCGGUGCUCGACGGCCAGCAGCAUGAUACGCAGUCGUUCUGGUAUAAUUGGAUCUCCAAGAGCAAGUACAAGGGCCGGUGGCGCGAGGUGGUCAACCGGAGUCUGAUGCUGCUCAAGAUGCUGACGUAUGAGCCUACCGGCGCCAUUGUGGCUGCGCCGACGUUUUCUAUCCCUGAGGAUAUUGGCGGUGUUCGAAACUGGGACUACCGCUUCUGCUGGAUCCGCGACUCAAGCUUCACAAUCUACAUCCUCCUCCGCCUCGGCUUCUCCGCCGAGGCCGACGCCUACAUGGACUUUAUCAGCGAGCGCUUCGUCAAGUCGCGCGGGCCUAGCGGCGAGCUGCCCAUCAUGUUCACCAUCCGGGGCGAGACCGAGAUCCCCGAGCAGGAGCUCGAUCACCUCGAAGGGUACCGCGGCAGCAAGCCGGUGCGGAUCGGCAACGGCGCCGCGUUCCAUCAGCAGUUUGAUAUCUACGGCGAGCUCAUGGACGGUAUUUAUUUGUACAACAAGUACGGGAAGCCUAUUAGCUGGGAUCAGUGGUGUUCUGUGAGGGAGAUGUUGGACUUUGUCCUUACUUUGACGGAUAAACCCGACAUGUCCAUCUGGGAAGUCCGCAACAAGAAGCAAAACUUCACCUACUCAAAGGUCAUGCUCUGGGUCGCCUUCGAUCGCGGCCUCCGGCUCGCAGAUAAACGCAACUUCCCCUGCCCCAACCGCAGUAAAUGGCUCGAGGCCCGCGAUAACCUGAUGGAGGAGAUCAUGGACAAAGGCUACAACAAGGAAAUGAAGUGCUUCGUCCAGAGCUACGAGAACAACACCAUGCUCGACUCCUCGAUCCUCAUCGCCCCCCUCGUCUUCUUCAUCGCCCCAAACGACCCGCGCUUCCUAAACACAAUGGACCGCAUCCUCAUGCCCCCCGAAAAGGGCGGCCUCACCAGCACAGGUCUCGUCUCCCGUUACGAUACCGAGCUUUCGGACGAUGGCGUCGGCGGAAGAGAAGGCGCCUUCAGCAUGUGCACCUUUUGGCUCGUCGAAGCAAUGACGCGCGCCUCCGUCUACGAACCUAAGUACCUCGUCCGCGCCGUCAAUCUCUUUGAGAACAUGCUCAGCUUCUCCAACCACCUGUCCAUGUUCUCCGAGGAGAUUGCCCGCAGCGGCGAGCAGCUCGGUAACACGCCCCAGGCUUUCAGUCAUCUGGCCCUCAUUAGUGCCGCCUUUAAUCUGGAUCGGGUUACUGGGUUCCAGCGGUGAUUUCGGUUGAUAUAUCGUGUGAAUCCGGGGGGGGUCAGAUGAGUGGGUGGGUGAGCGAUUGGGGUAUGGAUGAAUUCCUUCCUCUGCCUCCUCUCACGUACCCUGUCCGCUACCAAUUGUUACGAUGUUAGGCGUGGCGAAGAAAGAUACUUAGUUUGGGAUUUUGGGUCUCAUGGAACUCCUCGGGUAUACUCCAGGGGACAUUACCCGAUAUCACACCUUUUCCACCUCGUCAAACUGCGUAAUAGUUAGUAGCAGAACAGGGUACGUGAGAGGGGUUCCUGUGCGGAGUUGCAGUUUUCACAUCACGUAGAUGGCAUGUUCAAUACAAAGUCUGACCGAGAAAA